GUAGGCGGGCAGUCCGUAUAUGUGUCAAAAGUGCAGCGGAACAUUUGAUCUACAGAACGCCAAGCUAAACAGAGCGAGCGGAGAAACACCACAACAAGAACAGGAAGCCCCACAGAAAACAUGUCUACAGAAGACAGCCGUGACGCCAUCAGACGGCUCCGCGGCGGGAUUAACGGCGUGUUGGACGCCUUGAACGACGUGGUGGAUCCUGGGAAGGAUCAGCUGCUGAUGCAGGUCUUCAGGAGGAAGCUGGAAACAGUGGAGCAAGGGAAGUGGAAGAACAUCCGUGAACAGUACAUCAUCGACGACGGGGACAAGGAACAGGUCAACGGAAACUCGUCGGAUCCAUGGAAACUGUUCAUUGAUCUCAUCAACCGAGUCGAGCAGUGCAGGGAUGCAGUACUAGCGGAUGUCACGAGACUGUCGGAAAGGGAAGAAAAGUGGCUCUCGCAAAGGCAGUUUCUUCAACAGGACGCUGCGGACGCUAGAGCGGCCCUCUCCAGUACCAAGUACAAGUGUGAUCAACUAGAAAAAGAACUGAAGACGACGAAAGCGACACUCGCCAAAACACAGGAAAUCCUGAUCGGAAAAUCCAGCGAAAUUGAAUCCUUGAGACGAGCGGGGACUGUGGAGAUUUGGGGCAUGGAACAGACGAGGUUUACAGACGAGGCAGCGCAAAGGGAAGAGGAAUUAUUAGCCAGACUCAAGCAAGUCGAGAAGGAAAAGGAGGACAUCAAGGACAGGUUGCAGAAGAAACUCCGGGACCAGGAACAUCAGAUGAAACUGUUGAGAUUGAAGGAUGAGGUAGCAAUCAGAAAACCAAAGGAUGAGGUUGAACAAGACUUGGAAGAUACAAGAAGAAAGCUAUUCAAAACAGAAAAGGAUCUCUUGAAUGCAGAACGAGAAAUGCAGUUACAACAGAAGUACUUUGUCGGCUUUAUGAGGGGGCUACAGAGAGAUUUCAAAAUCCUUUUGGAAAGGAGAGAACAAAAUGGCGGCGUCGCGGCCGCCAAGGAUGUCAGGAACAUGCAGGAGAAACUGGACCAGAUCCAUGAUGCAGCGCGGGAGGGCAAACUGGCUCACCUGCGGGCCGACAUGCCGACUCACUACCUGGCUCUGGACACCGAUCUCGGGGCACACCCUCUCGGAAACAAGCUGUCCACCAACUUUAGAAAUGGGUUAUUGGAGCCGUUGACGCCCAGACCGGGUAGCAGCGUCUCCUUGCGGAGCAAUAAUAGCGGGUCAACACCGAACGUCUCCCGCCCGACCAGCAGUUACCUGCGGCCGGAGGUCAAGAACAACAUCAAGGCCUCAAGUACGCCGAACAUUAGGAUGGAAGAGGAAAAGAAGGAAAAUGAACACCCUGACCUGGUGCACAAGAUGACGGGGAGAAUAGACAUGAUCGCGGUGAAGGCACAGUUCCCCUACCUGCUGGAGCAGGAGGUCCGGGAACACUACCAGCACUUCAAACAGUACGACAGGAAUAACGACCUGCAUCUGGAUCUAGCUGAGGUUCUACAAGCUUUGACAGCUACAAUAGGGUACAAGUUCACUCCUUCACAAAUUAAGGAAGUGAUGUCGGAAGUCGACCAGGAUGGAAACAAGUCCAUCGAUUUCUUCGAGUACCUGACGAUUUCACAAACCUUGAUCCGGAAAGCAGGAAAAGCGGAGCUGUUCAAGACGGAACUGGCCAGAGAAGAGGGACGAGCGGUGUCUAAGAUGUGCGUCAUUCAGUGAGGAAGAUCAGACCGGAAAUGGCCCGUCAUAUACGUGUUUAUGGGGAACCACACCUUCAGCACGUUAAAGAUCCCAACACACUUAUGGAAAAGAGCAGGGGUCCUUCCCAGUGUGAUUGAUUCAAACCUUACAGUCUGAUCCCAAGUUUGACACGCAUCUUUGAAAAGGAGAUAGUCACCUGUUAUGUCAAUCCUUCCACAAAUGUGGUAUAUCUUCAUAAAUAAAUAAAUAAGUAGAGAAAUAUAGCACAAAGGAGUCGUUGCCAUCCAUGCUGUGAUGUACAAUCACACCUAUGUACUUGUAACAACUGUACAUACAAACUAAAUGUCUUCCAUGUAGAAUACGGUACUUGA